UAAUUUUGAAAAAGUAAAAAAAAAAAAAUACAAAUUAUCUUUAGCGGCAACUAGAAGUAAUAGAACUCCAUCCAAGUAGGAAGGAAGUGAAGAGAAAGAGGGUUUGGCGGCAGCAAUAGCAAUGGCAAUUUCCGUUCCUCUGUUCUCAUCCACCUUAUCUUCUUCUAUUUCUUCAUCUCUUUACCCUUCAAAAUUUCACUCCCAUUCUCGUACUUCAACACUCGCUACUACUAGUAAUUCAACUCCACGCUUCAACCUCGCUAUUCGUUCUUCUUAUUCCGGAAACGGUUCUUCCCCUGAUGCCUUUAAUUACAGGAAACCUGAAAUUCCAUCUUUUGCACUGUCAAUGAAUGAAUCUAGCAAGCCCAAAUGGAGAAGGGUUUUGCUUAAAGUUAGUGGAGAAGCACUUGCAGGAGAUCAAACUCAGAAUAUUGACCCUAAGAUAACUAUGGCCAUUGCAAGGGAAGUGGCAGCUGUAACCCGCCUUGGCAUUGAGGUUGCACUAGUAGUUGGUGGAGGUAACAUCUUCCGUGGAGCAUCCUGGGCUGGAAGUAGUGGUCUUGAACGCUCAUCGGCUGAUUAUAUUGGGAUGUUGGCAACUGUCAUGAAUGCUAUAUUUCUUCAAGCAACAAUGGAGAGUAUUGGCAUUCCAACUAGGGUGCAGACUGCAUUUCGCAUGUCCGAGGUUGCAGAACCAUAUAUACGCAGAAGGGCUAUAAGGCAUUUGGAAAAAGGAAGGGUUGUCAUUUUUGCUGCUGGAACUGGAAAUCCAUUCUUUACCACGGAUACUGCUGCAGCACUUAGAUGUGCAGAAAUUAAUGCAGAGGUUGUACUCAAAGCUACAAAUGUUGAUGGAGUAUUUGAUGAUGACCCAAAGCGAAACCCUCAAGCACGUCUUCUUGAUACAUUAACCUAUCAGGACGUAAUAACAAAAGAUCUGUCAGUGAUGGACCUUACUGCCAUAACUUUAUGUCAAGAAAAUAAUAUUCCUGUUGUUGUCUUCAAUAUAAACAAACCAGGUAACAUAGAGAAAGCCAUUAAAGGUGAGAGUGUUGGCACUUUGAUUGGGGCAACGUGGAAUUCUACCAUAUCAAGAACGUGAAAAUAUUUAAAGACCAAUUACAAGUGAUUCUUUCUCGUGGUUCUCUUAUGCAAUCUUCCAGCUGAGGAUGCCAAAAAAGGCGGGGAGGUGUAUUACUUUGCAGUUGGUGGUUUUGAUGUAGUAGUACUUUAUUAAGGACACUAUUUUAGGUAAAAGAAAAUCUGUAAAUAUAAAUAGGUAUAUUAUUUUUUAUGCCAUCCAAUCCACGUGGUUUGGCCUAAUUUUAUCUUGCCAUCUUGUGCUGUUUUUUUUUUAUAAACAAAAAGUUAUAAUUUUUGACUUCUCAACUUGGCUAGUUGGUCCAUUA